AUGGAAGAGGAAAGUGGUCAAUUGAAAAAUUGGAUUUCCAAUUUUGGAAAAGAUCGUCCGAUAUCCAAUAAACCAUUCGUUGGUAAAAAACCUACCAAUACAGUGAGGAAUAACAUUGGAGUAGUUGAGUCUCUGGCAGCAUUAAGUCUUGGUGGAGGAACUCCAGCGGAAGGAUCUACGUUGUCACCAACCGAAGCACCGUCUACUACAAGGUCCAAAAAGUCGAAAAAAAGAUUUAUUACCGUACCAAACAAAUAUAUCGAGAAAUUUAACGUAGAGGACUUCAAAACUAACAAUUAUAAGGCUAUUGAAGCCGUUAUAAAUGAUAUUCUGAACACGAGAAAGAGUAAAUCUUUAGCGAAAAAGUCGAAGGCAAAAACUGAUAUAAGGGUGAAAACACUUGGUGGUACUUUGGAAUCACAAGGAAUGUGCAAUCCGUUAGAGGUUAAUAAAAAAAUAAAGGAUAUCAAACCCAAGAGUGCGCAGCCGAGGAGCUACAGAUACUAUUAUAAGAAAACUCCUUCCGGGGAUAAAAACCAACUGCAAAUGAAUUUCGGUCCGAAAAGUCUAAGUGGAUUAAACCGUAUCCAUGAAGAGGCCACAAGAAGUUUACAGAAUCUAAACGGAAAGAAAACUUUGUCAAGGAGAAAGGCAGCAGCUGAUGAAGUAAUUACGUAUAAUAUCGAAAAUUGA